AAACCCCUGAAUUUAAUUCAAGAAUUCUCUUUAGGAGUGAUGGAUAUUUCAUUAUUUUAGCGUUUUAACCUUAUUUUACUGUAUUUAAUGUUCAUCUUCAAAUUAUGCCAGUUACAAGUGGGCGUGUCAUUCAUCUCAAAAAGCGCUUUGGUGCCCCUAGCGGCAGUGCGGUGUAACAACAGUGGUUUGGAGGCAAGAGCUGCUCAGUGAGUUGUUGACCUGCUGAGAGGAGACAGCAGCUGUCCUGAUUGCACACCACCAGGAAGACCAAUUUGGGUGCUGUAGAGACAUGUUUCCUACCUUCUAAGCUGACGAGUGCAUCCGUCCUCUCCUCCUCCUCCUCCUCCAUGGUGCUUCCAGAAAACAGCAGCAGACGUCCUGCAGCCCACAAACGCCACAAGCAGCGAGCCCGCAGCCUGCCUUCGCCGCCUCUGUGCUGCGCGUGCGGCCUGUGCGUCCUGCUGGCCGGGGUCAACGUCACCCUGGUGGGCGCCGUCGCCUACGCCACCUACGCCCCGGCCGCCAACCCCCCCAUCGUGAUAGGGCCGCUCCUCUUGUUGACGGCCGCCGCUUUCUUCGCGGCGUGCUGCGCGGCCAGCAGGAGGCGACCCCCGGCCGGCGGCUCGGCCUGUGAGGUCAAAGCGGGGUUGAUGCGCACCGGCGCGGCCUUGGAGAUGGAAACCAGCGAGCACACGCUGCAGGACACCACGGGGGUCCAGGUGAGCCCCACCAACUCCUUUGACUCCGUCCACGGAACUCUGCCCGCUUUGACCUCAGAUCCUGAAGUGCGAGUACAAAAAUAAACACAAAGUUACAUCUUUGACAGCAUCAUUAUCUUCCGCCGCGCAGGUGGACCUAAUAUUGUGCAUGGAUGCUUCUUAUCUGCGCCGACAGCUGCCAUGUGAGAUUUGUGUUUACUCAGCGUUUUACACACACACACACACACACACACACAGAGCUGUGAUUAAACCACAGCAGCAUAGCAGAGAUAAUAAGACACUCUUAUUGCCGCCUGCCCUCCUUUUUCAGGCCUCAUGGAAGCCAUUAAAACAAUAUAAUUAUGACAUGAACAAUACUGUUGCUACGAAGAGGAAGAUGGUAUCGCUUAGCAACCAGAGGUGGUGAUGCUCUGAGUAAUAACUAGUGCAAAGUUGAUUAAACAAGGCACAUCUGUUCUGUCUGCACCCUUAGACUAAAAAAGCAAAACAGUGAAUUAAGAAGAAAUUAAUGGAAAAAAAAACAUGACGUAUUUGUAGACUAGAAAACAUGGCACAGUCUAACAGUGGUUCUCAACCUUUUUUCAGUGAUUUUUUUUUUUAAUUCAAGUACCCCCUAAUCAGAGCAAAGCAUUUUUGGUUGAAAACAAGAGAUAAAUAAGUAAAAUACAGCACCAUGUCAUCAGUUUCUGAUUUAUUGAAUUGUAUAACAGUGCAAAAUAUUGCUCAUUUGUAGUGGUCUUUCUUGAACUAUUUGGGGAAAGAAGAUAUAUAAAUAACUAAAAACGUGUUGAAAAAUAAACAAGUGAUUCAAUUCUAAAUAAAGAUUUCUACACUUAAAGUGCCCUCUUUGGGGAUUGUAAUAGAGAUCCAUCUGGAUUCAUGAACUUAAUUCUAAACAUUUCUUCACAAAAUAAUAAAUAUUCAACAUCAAUAUUUAUGGAACAUGUCCACAAAAAAUCUAGCUGUCAACACUGAAUAUUGCAUUGUUGCAUUUCUUUUCACAGUUUAUGAACUUUCAUUCAUAUUUUGUUGAAGUAUUAUUUAAUAAAUAUAUUUAUAAAGGACUUUUGAAUUGUUUCUAUUUUUAGAAUAUUUUCAAAAAAUCUCACGUACCCCUUGGCAUACCUUCAAGUACCCCCAGGGGUACGCGUACCCCCAUUUGAGAACCAGUGCUCCAAUAAACAUCCAAAAAGUCAUACUACAAUCGUCAUUAUUACUAUUAUAUUAUCGCUAAUAUAUAUUUGUUAUCAUUAAUGUCAUUAUCGUUAUUUAAAUUUUUUUUAGAAUUCAAGUAAAUAAGAAUGAAUAUAAUUACCAUAACGCUUG